AUGCAUUACUCGAUCCCAGGCCUUGCCUUGCUGGCCGGCUUGACGGCCGCUGUCGAUCCUGUCGAGGUACGGGGUCAAGACUUUGUCAACUCAGUCAGUGGUGACAGAUUCGUUGUUAUUGGUGUCGACUACCAACCGGGCGGACAAGGAGCCAUCUCAGCAGAUAAUGAUAAGGAUGUUCUCAGUGAUCCCGAAGCUUGUACUCGCGAUGCAGCUUUGAUGCAGAGUCUCGGGGUCAACACAAUCCGAAGUUACAACGUGGAUCCGACACUCAAUCACGAUGAGUGCAUGUCGAUCUUCAAUGGUGUAGGAAUCUAUGUCAUUCUCGACGUCAACACACCCGUAUAUGGACAGCACAUCGAUCGCAGUAAUCCUGCAGGCACAUACACUCGCGGUUACAUGGAACACGUUUUCACGGUUAUUGAAGCUUUCAAGGGCUAUCCCAAUCUAUUGGGCUUCUUCGGGGGUAACGAAAUCAUCAACGACCUGGAGACAGCCGAUGAGAACCCUCCAUAUAUGAGAGCAGUUCAGCGAGACAUGAAGGAUUACAUUGCUGCUCAUGCAGACAGACCUAUCCCCGUUGGUUACUCGGCUGCCGACGUCAGAGAAUUCACCGAGGACACAUUCAACUACCUCGCCUGUGACAAUGGAGACUCGAGUGCUUCUGACUUCUUCGGAUUGAACUCUUACUCAUGGUGUGGCUCAGAGUCCAGCUUCCAGACAGCCGAGUACGAUGUUCUCGUUGAAAUGUUCUCCAACGCCUCUAUCCCAGUCUUCUUCUCCGAGUAUGGCUGCAAUGAUCCUAGUCCCCGUGUGUUCGACGAGGUUGAGGCAUUGUACAGCCCUCAAAUGACUGUCAUGUCUGGAGGGUUGGUAUAUGAAUGGUCACAAGAAGACAACAAUUAUGGUCUCGUCGACAUAUCUACCGACGGAUCUCUCAGACUUCGAGCAGACUAUGACAGUCUUCAGAAGCAGUACAGCCGCAUCAAUGUCACACUUCUCGAAGCCAGCAACGAUACUGCAACUGGUAUACCAGCUCCUCGUUGUUCUUCCAACUUGAUCCAAGCAGACGACUUCAGCGAUGAGUUUGAUAUCCCUUCUCGCCCCAGCGGCGUGGAUGCUUUGAUCUCGUCCGGCCUCUCCAGUGCACCUACUGGUGCUCUGGUGUCUGUUACCGCAACCGCAGUCGCCCUUCCAGUCUACGAUACUAAUAGCGCAUCUAUGAGCGACCUUGCCAUCACAGUGACCAGCGAAGCAAACCAUCCCGUUGGUACUGCAAGCAGAACCUCAAGCGGAUCUGGCUCUGCAACAGCUUCUGGAGCUGCCACUACCGAAACUGGUGGCGCUCACCGUCUAUCUGGUGCUGUCGCUCUUGCUCUUGGUGCCGCUGCCUUUGCUGCUUUGUAA